GCAGUGGCACGGACAGCUUUCACGGCUGUCGGGUCCUGACACAUUGUUGAGGUCUGGGAGCCCAGGAGAUAGUUUGCGAGCACCAUCGAAUGAAUAAAACUACUUCUUAAAACUGAAACUGACACUGGUUCAGUUCAUGGGCUAAUUAUACAUUUCGGUUUGUUGCUUUGAACAAAAAGCGACGUUUUAUUUGCGUCGUUGAAGCAGAAAUCAAAUCAGGUGAGGGGAAGCUUCUCCUUCUUUGGUGAAAUCAUGGAGCUGGCGUACGUGUGUGAGUGGGAGAAACGGCCAAAGAGCACACAUUGCCCGUCCAUCCCGCUGGCCUGUGCUUGGUCCUGCCGGAACCUGGUGGCCUUCACCACCGACCUGAAGAACGACAGCGAAGACAAGGAAGUCAGUCACAUGAUCCACAUCAUCGACACCGAGCACCCCUGGGACGUCUUCUCCAUCAGUUCUGGGCACUCUGAGGUCAUUUCAUGUCUGGAGUGGGACCAAUCAGGCUCGCGGCUGCUGUCGGCUGAUGGCGACGGCCACAUCAGGUGCUGGUCCAUGUCGGAUCACCUGGUGAACAGCUGGGAGAGCGUCCUGUCCAGCUCCCUGGAGGGUGACCCCAUCAUUGCACUGAGCUGGCUGCACAACGGGGUCAAGCUGGCGCUACACGUGGAGAUGUCGGGUUCCACCAAUUUCGGCGAGAAGUUCUCACGGGUGAAGUUCUCGCCGUCUCUGACGCUGUUUGGCGGGAAGCCCAUGGAGGGCUGGCUGGCGGUGACGGUGAGUGGGCUGGUCACCGUGUCCCUGCUGAAGCCGGGCGGCGCUCUGUUGACGGCGAGCGAGAGCCUGUGCCGGCUAAGGGGUCGUGUGGCGCUGGCCGACAUCGCUUUUACCGGAGGAGGGAACAUCGUGGUGGCGGCCACCGAUGGCAGCAGCUCCUCUCCCGUCCAGUUCUACAAGGUGGUCGUGAGCGUUGUCAGUGAGAAGUGCCGCAUCGACACGGAGCUGCUGCCCUCGCUGUUCCUGCGCUGCACCACCGACCCCAUGAGGAGGGAGAAGUACCCCGCCGUUACACACCUCAAGUUCCUGACCAGGGAGAACUCGGAGCAGGUGCUGCUCUGUGCGUCCAAUCAGAGCGGCAGCAUUGUGGAGUGCUGGUCUCUGAGGAAGGAGGGACUACCGGUCAAUAACAUCUUCCAGCACCGCUCGCCAGUCGUCGGGGAGAAGCAGCCGACCAUCCUGAAGUGGCGCAUCUUGACGACCACCGGCGACCUGGAGCGGGUGUCCGCCGUUGCUCUGCCCAAACUGCCCAUCUCCAUCUCCAACACUGACCUGAAGGUGGCGUCGGACACCAAGUUCUGCCCCGGCCUCGGUGAGCAGGACCCCGCAGAAACUCCUUCAGAGAAUUCACGUCUGGCUCUGGCGUUUCAUGACGGCAGCAUUCAGAUCCUCCACCGCCUCUCCCUCCACACCAUGGGCGUGUUCUACGGCUCGUCCUCCGCUCAGCGGCCCGGAGACGAGGCCGCCAUCAAACGCCAGAGGGCUGCAGGGCCCACCCUCCACUUCAAGGCGCUGCAGUUCUCCUGGACCUCGCUGGCGCUGGCUGGUGUCGACAACCACGGCAAGGUUAUUUCUGGUGCUAAUAACGUGUGGCGUUUGUUGGGGCAGCUCCACAUGCUGCGGGUGUCGCCCUCCAUGGGGCAGGUGCUGGAGAUGAACACCACGCUGCGCCACCUGCUGUUCCUGUUGGAGUACUGCAUGGUGACGGGCUACGACUGGUGGGACGUGCUGCUGCACGUGCAGCCCGGCAUGGUGCACAACCUGGUGGAGAAGCUGCACGAGGAGUACAUGAGGCAGAACCAGGCGCUGCAGCAGGUGCUGGCCACGCGCAUCGUGGCCGUCAAGGCCUCCCUGUGCAAGCUCUCCACGGCGACGGCGGCCCGGGCGUGCGACUUCCACGCCAAGCUGCUGCUGAUCGCCAUCAGCUCCACCUUGAAGUCGCUGCUGAGGCCGCACGUCCUCAACACCCCCGACAAGAGUCCGGGGGACCGGCUGACGGAGAUCUGCGCUAAGAACACGGACACAGAUAUCGAUAAGGUGAUGAUCAAUCUGAAGACAGAGGAGUUUGUGCUGGAUGGCCCCCCCCUUCAGUCCCUGCAGCAGCUCAUCCAGUGGGUGGGAGACUUUGUUCUCUACCUGCUGGCCAACCUGCCCAACCAGGGCUCGAUGGUUCGGCCGGGCUUCGGCUUUAUGCGGGACGGGGCGUCUCUCGGGAUGCUGAGGGAGAUGCUGGUGAUGAUCCGCAUCUGGGGUCUGCUGAAGCCCGGCUGCCUGCCCACCUUCACCGCCACGUCCGACACCCAGGACAGCAUGCAGCUGCUGUUCCGUUUGCUCACCAAGCUGUGGCUCUGCUCCCGGGACGACGGCCCCCCCCAGGAGCCCGAUGAGAGCCUGAUAGAUGAGUGCUGCCUGCUGCCCAGCCAGCUGCUGGUUCCCAGCAUGGACUGGCUGCCCGUGAACGACGGCGUCAUGGUGAAGCUUCAGGGGAAGCACCCGCUCCGGCUGCAGUUUGGGAAAGCCUCGUCCUUACCGGGAGCCGGAGGCUCCGUCCCCCUGGAGGCAUUCACCAGGAGUCCCGGCUGCCAGAAGAUGGACAACCUGCGCUGCGUCCACAUGGGCGUGUGCCCCACCGAGGAGAGCAAGGCCUGCACCAGGUGCGGCUGUGUGACGAUGCUCCGCUCGCCCAACAAGACAAACGCCAUGAAGCAGUGGGAGCAGCGCUGGAUCAAGAACUGCCUGUGUGGAGGCCUGUGGAGGAGGAUCCCGCCCACUCUCACCUGACCUGCCUGUGGUUUUGGCUCUGAUCCAGAACACAAUGUUCAAACUGUUGCCUGUAAAUAGAAUGUUUUUUUUUUCGUUUUUUUUUUUAAUAAAAGCGAACAAAGUA